GAGCGAGAGCGAGCGUUUAAAAGUGUUUUGUGCGCCGCUUUUUCACACAGUUCGCAUUCAAGUUCCACAUAACGAACAAAGCAAGCAAUCGCUCCGAUCCGAGAAGAUUACGCUGUCAAGAAGGUACUGGAAGCCAUUAGGAAUCAGCAUUCAGAAUAAUCCCAAUCAAAGCCCAUCAAAUUGAAGCAGGCGUCGCCUUCUGCGCCAGUGUGUGUAAAGGCAGCUAAAUUCGAUAAAGAGAGGCCUAUUUAACAUUGUCUCCCACAACGAGUCGCCUCAUUCUCAUUCGUUCGUGCACCAAGCAAAACACUCAAGUGACAAAUUUGUUCUGUGAUUUUGUGUAAAGACUUCCAACUCCCGACGAACAAAGAUGGUGAAAUUAAUCGCUAGCCUGUUCCUGCUGGCCGUGGUGGCCCAGGCCUACGGAGACUUCAAGUGUGCCCCAGCCAAGCCAAAAAGCAAAAGUGUGGUGAGAGAGCUAGGAAACGAGGCCGCAAAGCAAAGGCAAAAUCCAAAUCCAAACCAUGUCGAAGGUCAAGAUCAGGGGUGCAAAGGCUCCCUGGAGGUGCCCGAGAUCACAAAGGAUUGGAUUGACAUGAAGGAUGGCUGCAUCAAGGGUAUGCGUCAUCAGAUCCAGGAGGAGAUCAAUGCCUCCUACCAGUACUUGGCCAUGGCCGCCUACUUCUCCCGCGACACCGUCAACCGCCCCGGAUUUGCUGAGCACUUCUUCAAGGCCGCCAGGGAGGAGCGCGAGCACGGCUCCAAGCUGGUCGAAUAUCUGUCCAUGCGUGGCCAGCUGACCGAGGGAGUGAGCGACCUGAUUACUGUUCCGACUGUGGCCAAGCAGGAGUGGACCGAUGGUGCCAGCGCCCUGCAGGAUGCCCUUGAUCUGGAGAUCAAGGUGACCAAGUCCAUCCGCAAGCUGAUCCAGACCUGCGAGGGCAAGCCCUACAACCACUAUCACCUGGUGGAUUACCUUACCGGCGUUUACCUGGAGGAGCAGCUCCACGGACAGCGCGAGCUGGCCGGCAAGCUCACCACCCUCAAGAAGAUGCUGUCCUCGCACGGCGAGCUUGGCGAGUUCCUGUUCGACAAGAACAUGGAGUAAUUUGGAGGAGAUGAGGGAGCAGCCCCAGUCACGCUUCAAAAUUAUCAGACAGUCGACAUCAAAUAGUGUUCUGUUAUCUGUUAUCCGAGAGAGCCUUCCCCGAGGGUCCGUCAUUAUAAAUCACCAGCACGUUGAAAAGCCGCGGUUUCGCACUCUUUGACUGGCCAAUAAAUUAACCGUUCGACUGCGAUCCCAAAAAAUAACCAGCACAUCAAAAUUCCACGUCUGUUCUCUCUUGUUUCUUAUCGUCGCACGCGAGGAGUACUAUAUUUUAAGUUCUUCAAGUUGUGAUUUUCCAUAGACCUCGGGCGGGGGCUCAGCAUUAUGCAAUCGCCGAGAUUACGCCUAGUUUUAAGCGGCGCCCAUGGAGGCAUCAUAUAUGCAUAGGGAGACACUCAAGCACAACCCAUACAAUACAUCCAAAUAUCUUUAUAUUUUUCUGUCAAUUAGACGAGCUAAAUCUUAAAUAAAUAAAGAAUACUUGUAAACAAUAAA